CGCGCCCCGCCCCGCCCCCCAGGGGCCUCCUAGCGUCCCCCGCCGCCAGGCCCGAGCUCUCCGCGACCCUCAGCCUUGGGAGCAGCGCGUCCCCAGUGGCUUCUAACACUGCAUAUCCGCCACAUGGUGCUGUGAACAUGAUAGAUGUCUGCCUGGAUACAUAAACUUCGAAUGGAGUCACCUAGAUUCAAGAUGAACAGCGAUCAAGUUACAUUGGUUGGUCAGGUGUUUGAAUCCUAUGUUUCGGAAUACCAUAAGAAUGAUAUUCUUGUAAUCUUGAAGGAAAGAGAUGAAGAGGCUCAUUACCCAGUUGUGGUUAAUGCCAUGACCCUUUUUGAGACCAACAUGGAAAUUGGGGAAUAUUUCAACACAUUCCCAAAUGAAGUACUGACAGUUUUUGAUAGUGCUCUGCGAAGAUCAGCCUUGACAAUUCUCCAGUCCCUUCCUCAGCCUGAGGGUGCCUCUAUGAAGCAGAAUCUUCAUGCCAGGAUAUCAGGGUUGCCCGUUUGUCCUGAGCUGGUGAGGGAGCACAUCCCUAAAACCAAGGAUGUGGGACACUUUUUAUCUGUCACCGGGACAGUGAUUCGAACAAGUGUGGUGAAGAUCCUGGAGUUUGAGCGGGAUUACAUGUGUAACAAAUGCAAGCAUGUAUUUGUGGUCAAGGCUGACUUUGAACUGUACUAUGCCUUCUGCCGGCCGUCCUCAUGUCCCAGCUUGGAGAGUUGUGAUUCUUCAAAAUUCACUUGCCUCUCAGGCUUAUCUUCAUCUCCAACCAAGUGUAGAGAUUAUCAGGAAAUCAAAAUUCAGGAACAGGUUCAAAGGCUAUCUGUUGGAAGCAUUCCACGGUCUAUGAAGGUUAUCCUAGAAGAUGACUUAGUAGACAGUUGCAAAUCUGGUGAUGACCUCACUAUUUAUGGAGUUGUAAUGCAACGGUGGAAGCCCUUUCAGCAAGAUGUGCGCUGUGAAGUGGAGAUAGUUCUGAAAGCUAAUUAUGUCCAAGUAAACAAUGAGCAGUCUACAGGGAUCAUCAUGGAUGAGGAGGUCCAAAAGGAAUUUGAAGAUUUCUGGGAAUCCUAUAAGAGCGAUCCCUUUGCAGGAAGGAAUGAAAUAUUGGCCAGUUUGUGCCCUCAAGUUUUUGGGAUGUAUCUAGUGAAGCUUGCUGUCGCCAUGGUGCUGGCUGGUGGGAUUCAAAGGACCGAUGCUACAGGAACACGGGUCAGAGGUGAAUCUCAUCUUUUAUUGGUUGGGGAUCCUGGCACAGGGAAAUCUCAAUUCCUCAAGUAUGCAGCAAAGAUUACACCGAGAUCUGUGCUCACGACAGGAAUUGGAUCUACUAGUGCAGGUCUGACGGUAACUGCUGUGAAAGACUCUGGAGAAUGGAAUUUGGAGGCUGGGGCAUUAGUACUUGCAGAUGCGGGCCUUUGCUGUAUCGAUGAGUUUAACAGCCUCAAAGAGCAUGAUAGAACCAGUAUCCACGAGGCAAUGGAGCAGCAAACCAUAAGUGUUGCUAAGGCUGGCCUCGUGUGCAAGCUGAACACAAGGACCACAAUCCUGGCAGCAACUAACCCCAAAGGCCAGUAUGACCCCCACGAGUCUGUGUCUGUGAACAUCGCCCUUGGCAGCCCACUCUUAAGUCGAUUUGAUCUGAUCCUGGUUUUGCUUGAUACCAAGAAUGAAGACUGGGAUCGUAUAAUUUCCUCCUUUAUCUUAGAAAACAAAGGUUACCCUAGCAAACCAGAGAAGCUCUGGAGCAUGGAAAAGAUGAAAACCUACUUCUGCCUCAUUCGGAAUCUACAGCCCACACUUUCUGACGUGGGUAAUCAGGUUCUUCUCCGGUACUACCAGAUGCAGAGACAGAGUGAUUCCCGGAACGCUGCCCGGACCACCAUCCGCCUGUUGGAAAGCUUGAUCCGAUUAGCAGAAGCUCAUGCUCGCCUGAUGUUUCGUGACACUGUGACUCUGGAAGAUGCUAUUACAGCAGUGUCAGUAAUGGAAUCCUCGAUGCAGGGAGGUGCACUGCUAGGAGGUGUGAAUGCACUCCACACUUCCUUUCCUGAAAACCCUCUGCAGCAGUACCAGAGGCAGUGUGAACUCAUUCUAGAAAAGCUGGAGCUGCACGACCUCUUGAGUGAAGAGCUAAGAAGACUUGAAAGGUUACAGAAUCAGAGUGCCUGCCAAUCCCAGCCCCAGGCAGUGGAGGCAGAGACUAACCCACCAUCCUUGAAGAGUGAUCCAGGAGAAGAAUGCAAGUCCAGAAUCCGCUCUGCAAGGCAGGAAGUGAACUGUAGCAUGCUGGCGUCCGCUGCUGGGGGCAGUCCUGAGGGAAGCCCACUUCCCAGCCCCCUCUCCCCACUGGGCCCUAAUACAUCAACAAAUAGAAAACAUACACCUGAUAUUUCACCUAGCAGAGAUGACAGUUUGGACUGGUUUGACUGCUUAGCAGCUUAUCAGAUUGAACCCAGAGACACCGUACCUAUGUCUCCCAAAACAGCUGGGGGGAAAAUGGCUCUGAAAGUCUUCCAGAACAAGUCUCAGGGUAAGGAAAGGAGUGAGCCAGGCCAAAAAAGCAAAUUGGAAACUGGACAACUUCCAGCACCAGGAGAGACAGAAGCUACAUCGAGGCCAGACAGUGUGGAAAGUAAAAAGGCAAAAAAGGCAGCAAUGGUUUCCGAAGCAGUAGUGUCUGCCAGUGAGCCAGACUGGGUACUGACACAGCACGUCUCCAGGAAGCUGCACAAGCUGCGCAAGGCGAGGGCCCAGGAGCUGUGCAGGAAUCCCGCCAGGGCGCCUUCACGGCCCACGGACUCUCCUCGUCCUCGCUCCCGUCCCGAACCCAGCCCUCAAGGAACACGGGAAACUCCCAAAAGAACAAGAGAGAAAUCCCUCCUUCAGAUGCAAGAGCCUGAACUUGAAAGUGCCGAGAGUCCAGGUCCCCCAUUGGCCAAGCUGGCAAAAUUUACUUUCAAACGAAAGUCGAAACUGACCCACUCCCCUGAAGACCACAGUCAUGUGUCUCCGAGCACAACUGAAGGAGCCAUCCCACGUUCUAAAAGUCCCCGCAUUGCAAGCAGAGACCCAGCCUCGCCUGUGAAGGGUCCACAGAAGUUGGCCUCUCCCUCGGGAAGCAGAAACUCAAACCAGCCACGGGGUGAGACAAAGCAGGUGUCCUGGAAGCCACCGGAGGAAGAUGGAUCGAGACAGGAGAGCGAACAGGCCCGUGGGAGGAGAGCCAUCCUGCCUGAAGGAGAGCUUGGAAACAAGACUGGACAUUCUCAUCUUACUUGCCAAAGAGACAGAAUGGAAGAGGUCUCAUGCAGUAAUAAAAGCAGCAAGGUCCACGCUUGCACAUUAGCCAAAUUGGCAAACUUCUCCUUUACUUCCCCCUCUGAAUCCAAACCAGAAUCCCUUCCUCCUGAAAGUACGAACCAGGGAGAGAAAGCCCCAAGCCCUGCUCCUGAGACUGCAGCUCUGGUGCCCAGCAAGAAAAGGAGAACUUUCCAGCUGGAGGGGUCCACUGAGAGAUUGGCUCUUCCCAAAAAGUCUCUUUUUACUUUAUCAGAACUGGAUGAUGAAGCAUUGGAUUUCGAUUGGGAUGAAGAAAUGAGAAAAAAGCCUUAAUCAUGAAAAGCUUUCAGGUCAAAGUUCCAUCUCCCUUCAGCACCUUCAGGAUAUCAAUGUGGUGUUUAUAUAUGAACAGAACUCUUGGCCAUAUUGAGUUCCAUUCAGAAUACCAGCUUCCCUGAUUUUAUAAGUUCAGAUUUAUCUUCGUGACUUGAAAAGUUGUAUAAUCAGUGUCGGGCAGUAUCAUACCAGCACUCGAAUUAAUUGACAUUGUGCUUAAUUUUGCAAAUGUAAUACUUGUAUUCUUAAAGAUGUUUCCGUUUGUUUUGUUUUUUGUUAUUUUGUUUUGUUUUUUUGUGGGGGUUAGGUCUUUUAGAGAUUGCUUCUUUCAUUUAGUCAGGAACAAAUGCCAGGAAGUUAACCCUCAUUAAGCUAACAGGUCAAAUGAACAAUUUUUUAUUUUUUCAUUUUUACCUUCACCCAAGAUAUGCUGAAUGUGAUGAAUAUUUAUUGUAAUUUGCCAAAAUGAUGUGAUUUUUCUAAUAUUUUUGUGUUUAUUCAUGUGUCAGAUUAGAUGUGACUAAUGCUUUUCCUUCUUUAAGAGGCAUCCUUACAGUUCCAUGGUGUUCUUAAAGAUCUGGCAACUGGUCAAACAGUAGCUUUCUCAAGUAUUGACCUUUCGAGUUUUCCCUGUUUUCUUGAGCUAACAUUGUGUGCUUCAGAUUCUUUGUAUUAUUGGGGGGUAGAGGGGCCUACCUUCAACACAACUUAAAUCCUGUGGUUAGGAAAAUCUGUAGUAAUCUCAAUCAUGUGUUAUGGCAUCUACCCAAGUGGUUCAUAUGGAUAUGUGAUUCCUACUAAGUUAUGAUUCAUUUGUCUUCAAAACCAAGCAAAUGAUGACUAUGUUCAGUAAGAAUAGACAGCUCAAGCUUUGUCUCUCUUGAGCCCUUUUAAAAUCACUCUUUCCUCUGGAUUCUAGCAGGGGCUGUUAGGAUUUCUUAAUUACAGACUUGGUCUUCUGAAUUAUGAAUUUUUAAAACAAUAAUUAAUAGAGUCUUCCACUGUCUGUGGGGCUUUUAGAUAUGAAGGAUAUCCAAAACUAUAUCUACUUCAUUUAAUGAUUGCUUCAUUAAGUUCAUAACAAAAAAAACCUCCAAAUUUUCUUGAGCAUUUAAACAUCAAUUCCAAAUCAACUAGUUAAAUUUUCUGAAAAAAUGUUAAACUGUGAGUACAAAUUGUUGAGUCUUUUGAAAUGACACCUUAAACAGCUGGUGAGAGACAUAUAUAAGCAGUGAUUGUAAAAUGUCUACUGCACAUUCACUUCAACCUAUUCUGAAACGUUGAGACUAUGGUUUAGGUAAUUUCUUGUUACUUCUGCACUUAAUAACUUCCCAGUGUAGUAUGAUUCUUAAUGUGAUCUAUCCCUAAUGUCUCAGUAUUAGUACUUUUCUGAGUUUCAGUAGUCUGACUAGAAAUGAGGGAAAAGGAGAGGAUCCAGGUUAUUGACAAUGUUGAAUCUUGGUCUAGAUGCGAUCUAGUCUGAUGGUGUAGACUGGGGUAAUUCGAACUGAGUCACCAUGCCAAGCUGUUGUUUUUGAUUUUGUGGUAAACUUUUAAGUCCUCCUCUUAUAAAUGUUUGUCUUUGAAACUGGGUACCUCUUGCAGUUAUGAUGUAUUAUUAAAGAAUUGCAUGGCUGUUGGUUUGUCACUAGAGUAUUUUGAUAUGUUCUGUUUUCAUUAUUUAAAAUGGCUGUGUUCCUCAUUGGGAAUCUUCAUUCUAGAGCUUGCACUUCUUGGUGAUGUGGGAUUGAUGUAGUUAACUUAUCUCUUCAGGACAUUGGAUGAUUCAUGUUUUAAAAUACAGUGUUGAAUUCUCUCUCUUAAUUAUUAUAUAUGACCACCUGUGCCACCUGCUACCUAGUUAUUCUUUGUACUCACCGUGCAUCCUAUUAUUUACGCUAAUAAGUCCAUGCUGUUUUUUAUUUUAGCACCUUCUUCUGUCAGGAUCAUUUGGCCAAAUUACAAGUUCCAGGUAUUUUUUCUUUGAUGCUUACCCAGUUAGAAAUAACUGUAUAAAUAUUGUGAACAGACAAACCUAUUAGAAGGAAUAAAAUAUGUUCAAUCUGAACACUCCUCUACUUACUAAACAAUUAAACUUGUAUCGCAGCCUA